UCUCACUAUUCCUCCCAUCAAAUCUUUUUGGUUUUCUCUCUCUAGAAAUUCUAUGCUGAACUUUCGAACCCUCCGCAUCUAUACAGAUUCAUUGAUAUAGACUGAGAAGUAUAAAUAGAUGUGUUGGGAUUUAGGGGUUUUGACGCGAUACGGGGAACAGUUUCUGAUUAAAUUUGUUUAGCGUAAUUAAUGCGUGGAAUCGUGCAUUAAAAUGGAGGUCUCAUGAUUGACUCGCUGAAAAUUCUGCUUGAUGACGGCCAAUUCCUGGAAAUUCUAUAGUCAUUAAGCUCUUGCUGAUGACUGUUCAUUUGGACUCCAUGACUUCCGCUGUAUCGACGUCUAGAGGGAUAUUUCCACCUUCUGGAUUUGGUGUUUAUGAGCCGAUGGGUAGGGCUUCUGGCCCUCAUCUCCAACCACAGCCUGAGAUUGGAGACAAUGAUGAAACUGAGUUAUAUUCUGUGUCUUGGAAUCAGGAUUAUGGUUGCUUUGCUGCUGGCACAAGCCGUGGAUUUCGUAUAUAUAGUUGUGAUCCUUUCAAGGAAACAUUCAGGCGUGAUCUCAGAAGUGGGGGAUUUAAGAUUGUUGAGAUGCUGUUUAGGUGCAAUAUAUUAGCUCUUGUUGGUAGUAAAGCCAAUACCCAUUACCCUCCAAAUAAAGUUAUUAUCUGGGAUGAUCAUCAAAGCAGGUGCAUAGGCGAGUUCUCAUUUAGAUCUGAGGUUCGUGCAGUUAAGCUAAGACGGGACCGUGUUGUUGUUGUUCUAGAGCACAAGAUAUAUGUUUAUAAUUUUAUGGACCUGAAGCUUCUUCAUCAAAUAGAGACUGUAGCAAAUCCCAGGGGACUUUGUUGUUUGUCACACCACCUGAAUACGUCCGUGUUGGCCUGCCCAGGCCUGCGACGAGGACAAGUUCGGGUUGAACAUUUUGGCUUGAAUAUGACAAAAAUAAUCAAUGCUCAUGAUUCUAAGAUUGCUUGCAUGACCUUGACAAUGGAUGGGCUGCUUCUUGCAACUGCCAGUAUGAGAGGCACUCUGAUAAGAAUUUUCAACACAAUGGACGGAACUCGAUUACAAGAGGUACGCAGAGGGGCAGAUAAAGCUGAUAUAUACAGUAUAGCACUGUCUCCGAAUGUUCAGUGGUUAGCUGUGUCCAGUGACAAAGGUACAGUCCACAUUUUCAGUCUCCGAGUGCGGGUGGUUGGUGAAGACAGGACAGCUGAUUCCUCUGCUACUAAAAGUCCAGCAUUGCUUUAUCAGAUUUCUUCAAACGCCCUUGAUCCUCUAAUUUCUCCAAGCACUGGUGCUAAUCCUGGUUCUUCAUUCUCAUUCAUGAAAGGGGUUUUACCAAAAUAUUUCAGCUCAGAAUGGUCAUUUGCGCAGUUUCACUUGCCAGAAUGUACACAGUUUAUUGCAGCAUUUGGUUCUCAUAACUCUGUAAUUAUUUUAGGCAUGGAUGGGAGUUUCUACAGGUCCAGCUUUGAUCCAGCGAAGGGUGGGUUGAUGGUGCAGCAGGAGUAUAUCCGCUUUCUAAAAACUGAAACAAGACCCAAAUAGCAAUACGGUGGUAUCCGUGCUAUAUGCUAUUGUUUUUCCUGUGUAAAAUGCGCAAAUGAUCCUUUGAAUGUAUAUAUCAUGUAUCUAUUCAUCACAUAACAUUUGUUCCUGAUGUAAAUACGCACAGAACUAAAUGAACAAACUAAUCUGUAAAUAAUACUUACUUGCCUAUGCUCCCGUAUGGUUGCUACAGAAUCCUACAGAUAUAAGGACAGAAUGCAUUAUUGUAUUUCCAUGUUAA